UGUUUUCACAAAAAAAUAAAAAACAAACUAAAGCUAUAAAUAUGUCAAAACCCUAAAGCAGUUAGACUCUCUCUCUAGCGCGCCUCCACACCACUACCAGUUAGCACUCCCAAUCAUCGUAAAAAGUACCGACUCAUCCAAACUUCUCUGCUAUUGUCUUCUACAUCAGCGUUGAACGGUUCCUGAACCGUUCCACGCUUCCUUCCCUACUCGUGAUUUAGGUUUGAGACUUUUGAGGUAGGGUUUUAAUAGAGCAUGGGAAAAUUGCUUUCAAGUGUCCCCGAAGAUUUACAAUUAGCUCCAAUGGAGGAACCUGAACUCAGUGAUUUGCAGAUGAUGUAUUACUUUAGAGAUGCUCUUCUUGAAGUUAAGGAAAAUAGUGAGAAUUAUGAUGAGCUUGUUGUCUAUUUGCAAUCAAAAAAGAGGCUUAAUUCUCACCGGGCUGCUAAACUUAUGACAACUUUAAAAGGGCUUUCUGGAAUUGUGUCCUACAUAAACCCUGAGCACCAUCAUACUCUUAUGUUUGCUAUUUCAAAUAUGAGCCUGUGGAGUUAUGCUGUAGCUGAUAUUAAUUAUGAUGCAACUCAUAUCAUGGAUGCUAUCCUCGAGCUCAUCGUAUCAUUGGCUGUUUCGAAGGGAAUAUUGCUUGAUUGGUGUUUGGAGUUUCUGGUGAAACACUUUUCACCUCCUAGAUACAUCUUUGAUCAUCUGAACAACAUGGAUGGAGGUGACAGGAAGAAUAAGGUUCUGUCUCGGGUACAUGGUGCUUUGAAACAAAUAGCUGAUUUGGUGCCCCUUGCUCCCUUGCGAUUAUCUCCAAUUGUUGUUCAGAAUAUACGAAAUACCAACUCUAUGCUGCCUGAGGAGCUUGUCAUGUAUGCUGAAAAUAUGUUAAGGCUCGAGAGCGGUGCAAUUGGAGAAAUUGUUGGUGGUAUAAUGUUACCUGCACUUGUGGAUAAGUUGAUAGAGUUGGAUGUGGAAAUUGAUUGGGAUGGCAAAUUGCAGGAGGAUGCCAAAUGCAUAUUUCAAAUGGAUUUAGGAGAUAUUGCUGAAUUUGAAGAUGAUGAUGAGGAACAUUCUAGUAAGUGUGCCACAGAGUUCUUAAUUAGGAACGAUUCACCAGCCAAAAUUGUGCAGAAAUUAGAUAGCCUAAUUGUGCUGACAUUAUUGCAUCUUGAAUCCUGUCAAAGCAGUGGCCGAUUGGCUGAGGUAUUCGAUAUUUUACUGAUGUCAUUUAAGAGAACCGUGUUGAAUACAUAUAAGUCAAAAUUUACCCAGUUUGUGAUGUUCUAUGCAUGUGCAUUGGAUCCUGAAAGAUGUGGUGUGAAUUUUGCCAUGGUUCUCACAGAGAUGUUUGAGUCAUAUGUUAACCCCCCUAUAACUAGGAUGAGUGCUGUUGCUUAUCUUGCUAGUUAUUUAUCUCGUGCGAAGUUUCUUUCAUCUGAGUUGGUUGCUAGCAUCAUACAAAGAUUGGUUGAUUGGUGCUUUGCUUAUUGCAAGUUACAUGAUUUUGAUAUGAACCCGCAAGCACACCAAGUUUUUUAUUCUGGGUGUCAGGCUAUCAUGUACAUUUUGUGCUUUCGUAUGAGAUCAUUGAUGGACAUUCCUAGGCUUAAAAUACGGCUUAUCAAAAUGCCCAUGGAGCCAAUCUGGAAACAUAAAUUGAAUCCGUUGAAGGUGUGUUUGCCCGGUGUAGUAGAGGAAUUUCUUAAACAGUCAAAGGCUGCUCGGCUUUUCAUGUCAGCAGAGUUAUUUGUUUUCGAUGAUUUGUUAGAGGCUGAUCUUUCCAAGGGUUUUGGUGGGAUGGAUAGACUUGACAUGUUCUUCCCAUUUGAUCCCUGUUUGUUGGAGAAAAGUGAAAGCUACAUAAGGCCACAUUUUGUCCGCUGGUCAAGAGUCAAAACUACAUAUGAUACCCAUAACAUCGAGGACGACAGUGAUUGUGAAAGUGAAGCUUCAGACGAUGAUUUUCUUGACAUGAAUGCAAAGGAUAUGAUUGAUGAUGAUAUGAUCGGGAGUGUUGAAGCAGAUCAUGAUUUUCACCCUGACUUGAACAAAAUGUCCAUCACGCCCAAACCCAUGAAAUAUGGGUUUCAGGAACAGAUGGAACGAGGUACGAGAACACUGUCAAAAACCAGACGAUCCACUAGUCCCGAGUCUUUGUAAUGCGUGCAUAUUAGUAUUCAUUUAAGCUUGUCUGCAAAGCCUAUCAUUUUUGCAAUGUUUUAAGCCAGCAACUACUUAUCAACACAAGGUGUCCUAGAAAAUUAGCUUUUCUAUUGGAGCAGUUGUAAUUUUAAGUCUUGGCCUUUUUUUUAUUUCAUUUUUUAUAUUUAUUGUGCCUUUUACUGUUUGAGGAAAUUGAAUAUGGGAAGACAAUCAUAAAAGAUUAAUUCCCCACUAUCUUGUAAGUGUUAUACAUUUGUUAGUUUGAGUUAAAAGUGUGCGUAGUAAGAAUUAUUUUUCUGUCAAAA